GUUUGCGUCGACUUCACCGCGCUUUUCGACCCUAUAAAACAUUAGAAUCUACAGAUUCAGAUUCUGAAAGAGGACGUCAAAAAAGUGAUCUUAUCUUAUCAAGAAGUGUGGCAAGACGCUUGCUUCGAGAGUCUGAACUUUAUCUAUCCACAGUAGAAAAAGAGAAAAAUACGGAAAUUUGGAAUUGCAGUGAUGAUAGUCGAGAUGAUAGUAGAAGCAUACAUAAAGAUAACAAAAUUGUUCAUCGUAUUCAUAAACCUGGUGAUAAACAACAAUCCUAGUGACAAUUCAAGUAAUUUUCAAGAUACGGAUGGAUCCCUGAAAUCUUCGGAGAGUUCUACUUUUUCAAAGUCAAAAAAUAGACAUACUCUAACUCUCAAUCUCAAUAGAAAAGAAAGUAAAAAAAGAAAAGAGAAUUACGGAAACUAUAAAAGAAUACAAAACGUCAUAAGUAGCGACAGCGAGAGUGAGGAAAAUGAAGGGAAUCAUAAUUCUCAUAAAAAAGAAUUUGAGCAUACUGGAAAAUUGCUCGAAAACAAAAAGAAGCGUGAAGAACUUUCAUGUAGAUUUGAAAAUUCAUCGAAUCAUUAUUUUCAACCAGAUGAAUUGAUUAAACACGAUAAGAACAGUAAAAAACAUCUAAACGUAAUGAGUGUAGCAGAUUCUCGCUUAACAUAUUUGAAAGGAAAGAAUGAUGAUCCAUUAAGAGUUUUUAUAGCAAAUUACAUCGAUGCCAGAAUAAAUAAGUUAGAAGAAAAACUUUUAAGCAAGAUAGAAAGUAUCAAAAGAAGUAUAUUGCACGAUAUAGACAAGCACAUGGGAAAAUUGAAUGUGAUAGUAGCCAAUUCAAACAGAAUCGAAUGUGCUGAUAUUCCAUCACUGCGAAAUAUACUCCCAGAUCUUCCUAUAAAAAACUUGGAGGACUUUUUAAAAUUUGAGGAAGAAUUAGCACUAACUAAUCAAGGAAAUAAAGAAAGCCCAGAGGAUACACCAGAUUAUUAUUCAGGGCUGGAAAAGCAAAAUGCAUUACAAGUUGUUAUGCGAGGAUUUGCAAAUAGAUGUGAAGACUACGAAAAAUGUAUAACUGCUUGCAUUUCAGAAAUUAUAAAAAAAGCAGUGCAAGAAAAUUACAGUGGCAAAGGUAGGAAAACCAAAAUUUCUCAGAAAGAAAUCUUCAGUGCCACAUUAACUUACAAAUGUUUAGAAGCGAUACGGAGAUAGAAUAGACAAAAAAAAGAUAUCGCA